AUGACCACAAAUCUUGUAGAAUCCCUAAACGGCGUAUUUAAGGGAACUAGGAACCUCCCCAUCACAGCGUUGGUAAGGGCAACGUAUUACAGAUUGGGGUCACUAUUUGCAGCAAGAGGAAAAAAAUGGAACGUUGUACUGCAAUCAGGGCAAAUAUUCAGCGAAUCAAGCAUGAAGUAUAUGAGGGAUGAAACUUCUAAGGCGGCCUCACAUCGAGUUAGACCAUUUGAUCGUCACGAUUACAGCUUCAUUGUUGAUGAGACAAUGGAUCACAACGAGGGUCGGCCAAUGGGACACUACAGGGUGGAACUUCAUUAA